CCAACAAUUUCAAUCACUCUUUUCUAUCAAACAAUCUCUCCAAAUGGCACAAAAUCAAACACAUGACACUCUCUUGUUGAAGUCCAUAAUCCUAGCUAUCACAAUAGGUGUGUUAUGUGGUUGUGGAAUGGCUCAAACGUCGUCUUCAGGGUGCACAAACGUGAUCAUUAGUAUGUCACCAUGUCUUAACUACAUUAGUGGCAACUCGUCAACCCCGUCAACAGGGUGUUGCACCCAACUAGCUAGUGUGGUCAAGUCGCAACCACAAUGUUUGUGUGAGGUCCUAAGCGGUGGGGGCUCGUCCUUAGGCCUUAAUAUUAACCAAACUCAAGCUCUCGAGCUACCUAAUGCAUGCGAUGUCCAAACGCCUCCAACUAGCCAAUGCAAUGCCGCAUCUCCAGGAAGCUCUCCAUCAACACCAAACAACCCUUCCGGUUCGGGUAGUGGAACGAAUACUGUUCCAUCGAUUGGUAAUGGUUCAUCAGAUUUGAUUUCUAUACGAUUGACAGUAGUUCCAAUUCUAUUUUCUUCACUAGUUGUUGCAUAUUCUAUUAUGUUUUGAGUUUUGUGAGAUGACAUCUUGAUAUUUGUUUCACUUUGUCACUCACCUUUUUGUAAUUUUGUUUCACAUAAUCUUGGGUUUGACCACGAGGCAUGUUUAUUUUUAAUUGGGGAUUUCAUAUGAAUUAUAACGUAUAAUGUACACAUUCUUAUGUCUAUGAAUAAAUAUGAG